CUUCAGUGUGUUACUACUUAGCAUGAUAAAUGCAUCAGAAUUCUGUCAGAAUCUGGAAAUAUAUCAGCCUCAAAUCAGAUUCUAGCGGGAUUCCCAUAUCAAUAAAUGUUUACAUAAAUUUUUCUGAGAUUGUGACAGAAGCUUAAAAUGUUUUUUUUUACUCGAGACAGAUUUGCGGUUAUUAUUUGUUACGUCACUUGUAAAUCAUGAGCAAUUCAUAAAUCUGACUGCCGCAGAAUGAAUUAUGGGAAAUAUUGGAAUUUGUAUGAAGUAUUUCAGUUAAAGUCACAGUACGCACGAGACACUUGCAAAGUGAUAGCACGUGAAAUAACAUCAGGUGCAUUUUAACUUUGGAUUUUAAUGAUUAACAUUUGAACAGAUUUAACAGCUUAUUAACUUAGCAAUAUUAUACUGUUUGAAGCAUUAAAACAGGAUAAUUAUAACGUUUAGAUAUAUAAAUACAAAAUAUAAAUUUAGAAAACUUUUUGAAUCUGUUUUAUUAUAUAAUAAACAUGAUGAAUGCAAGCGUACCGGCGCCGCCGGCAGAUGCCUCCGACAUAGCGUUUGAAGAUUACAUGGAUAGCUACUAUGACUAUUAUUACAAUUAUACUUAUGACUACAAUUAUACAGACUCUAUAGAUCAUUUACCAUUAACUGAAUUUGUUCCCAUGAUAACUGUAUAUACCCUGAUAGGAAUGUUGGGUAUCGUCGGAAAUUUGCUCGUCAUAUUUUCCAUCAUAAAAGUGAAGCGGAUGAGAAGUAUAACGAACCUUUUCCUACUGAGUCUAGCCUCAGCCGACCUACUGCUCGUGUGUGUAUGUGUUCCUGCGAAGGCAAUAGCAUCUUAUUCUUACACAUGGCGAUUGGGCUUUUUCAUGUGCAAAUUUGUCUACUAUAUUCAGACCGUAUCCAUGAUUGGCUCCGCACUUACACUCACUGUCAUGAGCAUUGAAAGAUUCAUUGCCAUCCGCCAUCCACUAAAAGCACGUUCCUUGUGCACGAAGCGCCACGCGCGGAUUGUGAUCAUAUCCACGUGGAUUACGUCAUUUGCUACGGCUGUACCCACGAUUUUCGCAAUUGAAUAUCGAGAGAUAAUUGGUAGAUAUCAAACAGCAGUCUGGUGUCACAAAUACUGGCUGGAGAAACCAAUGUUUGGUAAAGUGUUCGAACUAUACAUGCUGGUGCUAAUCCUCGUCAUACCAUUCGCUGUGAUGAUCAUUACAUAUACAUGGAUUGCCAACAUCAUCUGGCAUGUGGCCACGCGAAGAGCUGAUAUGCGCUCUGGCAGUUGUAUUUCCGAUGCAAGCGGAGAUAAACCCUUGUUGACACCGGCUACGGUGGCUCAGAUAAAGCCACCUAUUGUGCCUAUCACAUCUCCCUUGUCUGUUGGUCCGACCACCAGGGCUUCUACCGACGAUGAUAAGACUCGUAGACAGGUUGUCAUGAUGCUUAUGGUGGUUGUCGUGUUAUUUGCCGUCUGUUGGACGCCAAUUCUAGUCAACAAUGUACUAGUUGCCUUCGAACACAUGGAUUACCUAAGUAUGGGGUACCUGAAACCGCUCAGAAUGGUGUUUCAUUUGCUUUCUUACGCAAACAGUUGUGUAAAUCCAUUUGUCUAUGCCUUCAUGUCCAAGAAUUUUCGAGAUGGAUUCAAACAGUCCAUUCUGACAUGCAUUAAGGGCCAGGCAUACCUUAGGCGUUCACAUACGACUGCACGCUCCAUGACAUCAACAACACGUGCUUCCGUAUCAAACGGUUGGUCCAUGUCGAAUGGAAGUGAAGCAAAGAAUUCAGGUCAAAAAUUUGAUUCUAUUGCUCUACGUCGCCCAAGUGAAUUUGAGGAUGCAGACAAUCGACGUCUAUAAUUUUUCAUAUAUCAUGAAAAAGACAAGCUUUCAAAAUGGUCUCAAACGAAACGAGAAAUGAAGCAUUAAUUUUCAUUGAACCAAACAUUGGCCAGUAUUAUGGUGUUAAUACUUUUCUUGUCUUUCAUGCCAAUAAACGUCUUGCCUUCUUGUUAAAAGAUAACCUGAAUAAUGAUUUUAAAAAUUCAGUUAUCCUAAUUGAAGAAAAAAUGUUCUUUACGAAUUUAUCGUUAAGUGUUGGUCUUUACUUGUUAUGCUUUCAAAAGUAGAUGCAUGUCACUUUAUAUUGCAAUAAGUCUACCUCCUUUGGGGACAAACGUCAAUACAGUAAACAUUUUCCAGUGGGACUACUAGUAUUCGGAGUGGUGUCAUUGUAUGUUUCUAAUCUUAUAGCUUUCAACGUGUCAUUCUUCCCGACUGCAUCAUGAGCAGUGUAACAUCUGACUUGAAAUCAGAUUUUAAAGUAAAAUGAGCAAAAAAAUGAUAAAAGUUUUCACGAAAUGAAAACGGCACUUCUACCUUUCUUUGAACUUUUGAACAAUGCACAUUUUUUCAUUCAUCAGUGAUUUUCAGUUGAAAAGCAAUAACAGGAAAAGAAUUUUAAUAGAAAUACGUUGUGAUGGUUUGUAUUUUAAGGAGCAACUCUAUUUCAUACAUUGAAUUUCUAUAUUACUGCUGUGACAUUUACAGUUACAAUAAGAUAAGGAUAAAGUCGAAAGCGUAUCUCCUUAUGUCUGCAGUAUAUAUACAAUCAUGGAACUGGCGUAACUCAUAAUGUACGUCUGCGGAAAUGUGAUGUAAAGUGUUUAUUAUGUACUGUCACUAGUUUCAGCGUCAAAACCAUCACCCAGAUCACUUACAUUGUUUGAAUAGAAUAUCUUAAUGGAACUGUUACGGCCUUAUGAAUUUACAUUUGAUUGAAAUCAGCUAUGAUUUUAUCAAAAUGAGAUGGUCAUUAAACUUUGUGCUCGGCGUCAGUUGUUGACAAACGUAAGAACGAAAAACCGAGUAGUUUUACACUUUACGUUGGGCGAUCUGUAUGAAUUUAGGGGCGCAUUUAAGGGAGCAUUUUAGCCAACACUUUCUGUGUGACAGCCCUGCUGUAUUGAACUUAGUAUUCGGACAAGUUAGAUAAUAGAUCGCAGUGCAUUUCAGUUCAUUUGAUGUCUUUGAAUUCAUUAUAUUCAGACGAGUUAAACGAUAGUUUGUGAAAACAUCGUUACAUAUUUUACCUAACCGAAUGUCUGUGUGUCUGUUUUGUAAAUACACUGUAUUGUUCACCAAGGAUGUAAAUACUUAUAACAUUAUGUGCAUACAUUGUAACCGCCAAAGCAGCAUUUAAUCUAUGAGCAGGUCUCAUUUGUUUCAUUUUUGACUAUAUGUAAACAUAUAUAUCAAUCUUUUUGCGAUCACCAUUGAUUUUGUUUGUACGCAUUUCUAAACGAUUAAUUUUAUAUGAUUUAUUCGCACAUAUUGCUUCAUGUUAAAACAACAAACAUAUAGAGACGUAAUUACUAAACGUACUCAAUUUUUAUUUCACUGUGUCAGCUGAAUCAUUUAGAUAGACACAAGUUUAAUCAGAAAUGAAAAGAAAAAAUCAAACGGAGAAAAAAAUGGCUCGUGAAAUUUCUGUAGUAUCAUUAAACUCCACGCCUAAGGCAUGUUACAACCUCUGUUUUGACGGCAUAUCUUUAAGACAUGAUGUUGCAUAAAACGGAUUUGAUGUUAUGACGAAUGUAGAGUAAUUUGUAUAAUAUGUUCCUAUCACUAUUAAACUUCUGUUACUGCUUCAGUAGGAAAUGAAUGUCCGGAAACGUAAAGUAAAAUACAUUGCUUGGUUAUGUCAGCAAGACUGACCAAUCAGUGACUAUAGGAGUACAAAUUGAGUUUUGAACUUUAAUUACCCGCGUAUCAGUUCAUUUUUUAUCCAAUGAGGACCAAUCAAUAGACGUUUUGUUGUUUUCUUUGAUCAAAUAUUUAUAUGUGCUAUAAAUAAAACCAUCAUUCUGAUAUUUAUUUUUUAGUUUGAAAGUUUAUUUACUGGAAUAUAAAGUUGUAUUACAAGUAAGAAUACGUAUAAGUAGAAAAGUCUAUAUACCUUAAUCUGAUGUUCGAAAAUUAUCUAAAAGCGCCUUCUUCUUGUGUGUAAAUGUGUUUAAAAAGUAUAUCGCGAAUGGUCAGAGACAGCCCUUUGAGACAUUACAUCCAGACGUUAACUCAGUUAACGUGCUCCAGAGGAUAGUUUAGUGCAAACACCCAUUUGUUAGACUGGAAUCAGUCGUUAGAGCUGUUCUUUAAAAUAAAUAUCUUUGCCAUAAAAUCCUCUCAAAUAGCACUGAAGAAAGAAAUAAACUUCAUUACAGAUUACUUGACUUCAACAGACUUUGUAAGUUUAAUUAUUUGUGAAAACCUGUCGAAAUUGUUCCGUGGGAAAAUGACCAAGAAAUGCACGAUCACAAAUAUAUGAAAGCUUCAAAUGUCAAUAUAUAUCACACUGUGUAAUUACUGUCCAUGUGGCUUUCAGUUGCAUGGUACGUUUCGAAAGUCAUCUUCAUUCAUUAGUUACUAUAAAUGUCCCUCUCAAAAUGUUUGUACCUGGGGAACUAAUAUUAUAUUAUUUACGUUAAAUGACCUUUUCUCGGAUCUCUACCAGCUUAAUACCAAGGAAGUCUAUCAGACUAUAUCUAUAGGUAAAAAGUAAGUUUAUUAUGAAUUAAAGGUAGCUUCGUAUUAAAUAAAGGUAACGUAUUACACAACUCUGUAAAUAACUUGUAGCAUUGUUCAUUACCCAGUAAGAAAACACGCAGGAUUUAUUUUCAAUUACCGACGCAUCACACUCAUAUCAGAUUGCAAUUUUCUACAGGGUGGCUGUUUAGAUGCGACGAUAAAUAUUUAUUAAAAGGAACAGCUUUUUGUAAUUGUUUUCUCUAGACUGUCAGUUAUGUCUGAAUUCGCAAGGAAAGAUUAAGCAUCUACUGAGAUAGUCACGUGAUACGAUCUUAUCUAAUGACAACCAAUUUUCUUUUAGACAGCUUAUUUUCAUGUCUAAUCUCAAAAUCUGUACACAGUUUAGGUUGAUAGUCUUCCAUAAUUCAUAUGUACAUGUAGUUCAUAUUCUGUUGUGUUUAUUUCGCGCGAACUCAAAAAAAAUACAUUAUUAAAUGGACUUCAAUGAAUUCCAUCCAGUUUACUGCUUCAUCACACUAACAUCUUCGAGAAGUGUAUAUUCUACAUUAUUUAUUUAUAUGUGACAGACUGGUCAAAUGUAUAACACAAAUCAUAAAUCCAGUAGAACAGGAUAAAUAAUGCUGUCGUUCUAAGAUAAAGCAGUUUAACUUAAAUGAUAUCUGUGCAGUUUUUUUUAUCAAAUAUAUAUGUACGCAUUUACCGGUUACAUUAUUGUCACUCUUUGUAGGAUGUGUUUAAAAACCUAAACACUGUGGAUGUUUUUUUCAUGUUACAAUAUAUCCGACAGCUAUGUUUGCGUCUUCCUGUGUAAUAUUCUUGUUGUAUUAAAGAUGAAAAAUGAUUAUAUAUUCAUACAAUGUUCAUAAUAUCAUGACAAUGUUGUAAACUAUCAGCAGAUUAUGAAAUAAAUAUUAUUUUUACCACAA